AAGCAUGAAAGAUUCCAACGCAGAUCUAUUUGAUCCUCGAACCAUCAUGGAUUCCGAUUUUUCUCCUGGCCUUCAUGCCACCCCCGAGGGGGAUUUUGGUUUUGCAUUUAAUGACAGCAAUUUCUCUGAUCGAAUUCUUCGGAUUGAGAUCAUGUCUGGACUGCCGGAGAACAAAUCUGACGUUGAUGGUUUCAACUCCAUCGCUGAUUGGGCUAGGAAUCGGAAGCGAAGAAGAGAGGACAUCAAGAAGGAAAAUGCUACAGAUUUUUCUGUGUUCCCUGAGGAGGAGCAGAUUUUGAACAUUGGCCAGCCUGAUACGGAGGAUGGGUUGACCUAUGAAAAUCAAGAUGAGGAAGUUAUGGCCAUGAUUGAAGAGUCACCUUCAGGUGAUGAGGCUGCAGACAGAUGUCCCACAUCUCCUUGCGGCUGUGUAAUACAAAUAUUGAAACAUCUUAUUACUUUCAUAGGUCAUGGGGCUGCACACAGCAAUGAUUCGUCCUGGAGCAUGGAUUGUACAACAGUUCUGAGAGCCAAGACCAUACACAUCAGUUCUCCCAUUUUAGCAGCAAAAAGUCCUUUUUUCUACAAGCUAUUCUCAAAUGGAAUGAGAGAAUCAGAACAGAGACAUGUAACUUUGCGGAUCAAUGCCUCUGAGGAAGAUGCACUCAUGGAGCUCCUUAAAUUUAUGUACAGCAAUACCCUAUCAACAACGACAGCACCUGCUUUGCUGGAUGUGCUGAUGGCUGCAGACAAAUUCGAGGUAGCUUCAUGCAUGAGGUACUGCAGCCGUCUACUACGGACCCUCCCCAUGACACCUGAGUCAGCAUUACUCUAUCUGGAGCUCCCUUCCAGUGUUUUAAUGGCUGAAGCAGUUCAGCCUUUGACUGAUGCAGCAAAGCAAUACCUUGCUGCACGUUACAAGGACAUAACCAAGUUUCAAGAAGAAGUGUUGAGCUUGCCGUUAGCAGGAAUUGAGGCUGUUCUGUCCAGUGAUAAUCUCCAGGUGGCAUCAGAAGAUUCGGUCUAUGACUUUGUGCUGAAAUGGGCCCGAGCCCACUACCCCAAACUGGAGGAGCGACGGGAGAUCUUGGGCUCACGCCUGGGCCGCCUCAUCCGCUUCCCUUGCAUGACUUGCAGGAAGCUGAAGAAGGUCCUCACCUGCAAUGACUUCGAUCAUGAACUGGCAUCGAAAGUUGUUCUCGAAGCCCUUUUUUUCAAGGCUGAGGCCCCUCAUCGGCAGCAUUCCUUGGCCGCUGAGGAGGCUGCUGCCACCAACUGUCGUUUUGUGGAGAGGGCGUACAAGUACCGUCCAGUUAAGGUGGUGGAAUUUGAGCUGCCAAGGCAGCAGUGUGUGGUGUACUUGGACUUGAAGAGGGAGGAGUGCACAAAGCUGUUUCCAUCUGGGAGAGUCUAUUCACAGGCGUUUCACCUAGGUGGGCAGGGUUUCUUCUUGUCAGCUCACUGUAAUAUGGAUCAGCAGAGCUCGUUCCACUGCUUUGGGCUAUUUUUAGGGAUGCAGGAGAAGGGCUCUGUGAGCUUCGCAGUGGAUUAUGAGUUUGCAGCAAGGUCAAAGCCUAAGGAGGAGUAUGUGAGCAAAUACAAAGGCAACUACACUUUCACAGGGGGGAAGGCAGUUGGGUACAGAAACCUGUUUGCCAUGGCAUGGACAUCUUUCAUGGCUGAUGACAGUCUUUACUUCAUCAAUGACAUUCUCCACCUCAGAGCAGAGCUAACCAUUAAGCACUAACUCAGAUUGGAGCCAUACUGCAGCUUCCCUAAUAUUACUGGAUUGAUUUGGUUUCUUUAGGCCAAGCAGAACACUCAAAAUA